GGACGUUUGGAGUCCACCACCCUGUGCUGCCGACUAGGAUCUCACUUCCUCUGUACUUCUGGCUGAACACAGGCCAAGCUCCUGUCUUGUAACACUACUCCUAUUCCUGGCUUCUGGGAAGUCAUGCUGCUGUACUUGCUGGCCCUUGUGGGCUUGUUCUACCUGAUGCGCUGGUACCGGGAGAGGCAGGUGGUGAGCAACCUCCAAGACAAGUAUGUGUUCAUCACGGGCUGUGACUCGGGCUUCGGGAACCUGCUGGCCAGACAGCUGGACAUGCGAGGCUUGAGGGUGCUGGCUGCGUGUGUGGCAGAAGAAGGGGCUGAGCAGCUGAGGAAGAAGACGUCAGGACGGCUGCAGACAGUGAUCCUGGAUGUCACCCAGACAGAGAGCAUUGCUGCAGCUGCCCAGUGGGUGAAGGAACGUGUGGGGGACAGAGGACUCUGGGGCCUGGUGAAUAAUGCUGGCAUCUCCUUACCCACUGCUCCCAAUGAGUGGCUGAACAAGCAGGACUUCAUGAACAUACUGAACGUGAACCUGUUGGGUGUCAUCGAGGUGACUCUGAGCCUCUUGCCUUUAGUGAGGAAGGCACAAGGCCGUGUGGUCAAUGUCGCCAGCAUCAUGGGUCGGCUUUCGCUCUUUGGUGGUGGCUACUGCAUCUCCAAGUAUGGUGUGGAGGCCUUUUCAGACAGCCUCAGGAGGGAACUCUCCUAUUUUGGGGUGAAGGUGGCUAUUAUUGAGCCUGGUUUCUUCAAGACCAACGUGACCAGUAGUGAAAAAUUCCUACAAAGCAUACAGAAGGUGUGGAACCAGGUCAGCUCAGAAGUCAAGGAGAUCUACGGCGAGAGUUUUCUGGAAUUCUACCAGAAAUCAUCUAAACAGGUGGAACAAAGUAGCAAUGCAGAUGUGACUUUGGUGACAGACUGCAUGGAACAUGCCCUGACUGCCUGUCAUCCUCGCACCCGGUACUCAGCUGGCUGGGAUGCCAAGUUGUUUUACCUCCCUAUGAGCUACAUGCCCACAUUCCUGUUGGAUGCCUUUGUGUACUUGAGAUCCUCGAAACCAGCCAAAUCCCUUUAAAGCCAACCACUGGGUGUGUGUUUUGGGAAGAUGGGUAGUGUGUGUGGGUUGGGAUAUGUGAGGGAAGGAAAGCGGGUGGGAGAAAGCAGCUUUCAUACAACAUGGUAUCUGUCACAUCUUUUCUGUCAGAAAAACUAUUCUCAGGUAUUACUCAAGACUGGCAAAGUGAGAGGGAAAGAAUCAAGGACUUGUGCCCAAGAGUAGGGACUCAGCAUCACUCAGUGAUGCCUGCUGAUGGUUCUGAGCAACAUGGCCAAGCAUGAGGAGCCCACACAUCUGAGUGGCUGGGCGUGAGUGCGAGGGUGCAGAGCCCAUGCCUCACUUGCCGCUUGCUUUCCUCCUGAGGGGAUGUGUUGGUGUUGGCUACUGUCCACCUUCCCUCAGUGUAGACGUGGCCCAGGUCAUGUAGGCCCCUGUCCUUUACAAUCACUGAAUCUGAAGAGUACCACCAGUCUAUCCCCAUGGAUGUUAGGUCUUGGUUGGCCUUAGAUUGUCCUCAACAGAAAUCCAAGUAGAGGACGUACAAAUAGUUAUGGUUUGUGUCUAGAUGUCCUGCCAAGGUCCAUGAGGUUAUGAGUGGUGUUUAUUCAGAGGUGGCUGAAUUUAGAGUGUGAUGCUAGGACUAUGACUAAAUCAAUCCACUGUUUGCUUUGGCAUUACAGAACUCCAGGUUGUCUAGUUAAAGUGUAAAAGCGCAGAAAAAGCUGCUAAGGUCCCUUGUUUGUUGCUUUGGUAUCUUCUUCCUGGCAUGUACUGUUCCCCCCUGCAAUGCCUGUCUACAAUGCUAUCCUACUUUGGAGCCAGCUGAUUAUGGACUGAAACAUCUACAAGCUGUGAAAUAAAUAAACCUUUCCUCCCUUAAAUAGUGGAUGUUGGAUAAUUUGUCUCAUGAGGAAGAACAAUAAGACACAAAGGAAUUUUUUGUC